AUGACACGGCCAAAGAUGCCCGCACGUAAUAUUCCAUCAGAUAGAGCAAGUUCAUCAAAAAUACAAAUUGAACAUUUAUUAAAUGAGAUUUCUGUUGGAAAAAAACGGCUUAAAAAUGCAUGCACUCAGAAAAAACCUCAUAAAACCACUGUAUCCGUAAAAGAGUCUGUUAUAACAGAAAUUAAAAAAAGAGAAGAACUGUGUACAUCCGCGCCAUUACCUCAGAAUAUAUCUGUUAUACUUAAUACACUCAGCAGGGACAGGAAUGACUGGAGGUACAUGGCAGACCAACCUGUUCUGAGAGAGUGCACUACAACCAAAAUAAUAGACAUCAGGAAACCUGCACUAAAAAAGCAGCACAUAAAAUACGUAAAGUAUAAGGACGGAGUAAGCACAGAAAGUAUAAGUAAUAAUGAACUGUGUGCAAUAUGCCUACAUAAGUAUACAUCCAUUAAUAUAUGCGGAAUUCUUCGAUGUAAUCAUUUUUAUCAUAAAAAAUGCAUUAAUUCUCAUAUAUCCACUGCUGGGUACUGUCCUAUAUGUAGAAGAGAUGUAAUUAGUGGUCUAAUCAACCAAUGA